AUGGGGCGGGCCAUGCGGUGGCUCAAGAAGGUGCUCACCGGCGGCGGCGGCAAGAAGGAAGGGGCCAAGGAGCCGAGCGCCGCCGUGCCACCGAUCGAGAGGAGGAGGUGGAGCUUCGCCAAGGCCAGGAGCAGCGUCGCCGACGCCAGCCGCAGGCCUUCCGUCACCGCCGUCGUCGCCGGCGAGCUCUCCCAGGCCAGGCCGUGCGGCUGCGGCCAGGCGCGCGAGACGGAGACGGAAGCCGCCGUCUUGAUCCAGAAGGCCUUCAGGGGCUACCUGGCCAGGAAGGCUCUCCGCGCCCUCAAGUCGCUGGUGAAGCUGCAAGCGCUGGUGCGCGGCUACCUGGUGCGGAAGCAGGCGGCCACGACGCUGCACCGGCUGCAGGCGCUCAUGAGGCUGCAGGCCUCCUCGCAGGCCCUCAAGAACCUCUCCUCCUCCCGGAGGUCCAUCGAGCAGGAGCGGAAAACGUCGGUGCCUGUGGUGCACCGCCGGAGGCUGUCGGAGGGCGGCGCCGGGGACGACCGCAGCCCCCGGAUCGUGGAGAUGGACACGUGCCAGCUGCGGUGCCGGUCGUCCCGGAUCGCGGGCCGGUACGCGGCCGCCGACCCGCAGGCGCCGCCGCCGUCCUCGCCGCUCGCCUACUUCUGCAAGCCGCCGUCGCGGCUGCAGCUGCGGGAGCUGGAGCCGCAGCAGCCCAAGACGACGCAGAACACGCCCCGCCUCCCGGCCAUCGUGCCCGGCGGCUCGCCGGCGAAAGGCCGGCCCUCGUGCGGGGGCGGGCGGGAGUCGAGCAGCCCGCGGUACAUGGCGGAGACGGCGUCGUCCGUGGCGAGGGGCCGGUGCCAGAGCGCGCCGAGGCAGCGGCACGGCAACAACAACCCCGCCGCCGGCUUGGCCCCGGGCCUGGCGCGCGGCGGGUCGAGGAAGGCGGCGCCGCAGUCGCAGGACAGCUUCAGCUUCAAGAGCUCGGAGGCGUGCAGCCGCGUGGAGGACUACUCCGAGAUGAGCGACGAGGUGACCAGGGACUACUACCUCGACCAGCUCUGGUGA